UAAAAAAUUCUCUUGCAUAUCGCCAAAACAAACUUUUGGCAAUAUCUCCCAAAAUAUUUAUUGAACUCUACCGUCAUUAGUUUGAGACAAAAAUAUGGUAAUUAUGCGCUUUUAACCUGAAAUACGUCGUUAAUCAAACUCGAGGGUGUCUGCACUUUUGCCUGGCUAGCAAUCCCAGCAAGCUAGUACGCAACAUCAGAACUACGCAAUCUGUUGGUCACUAAAUUCACGAUUACAUACAUUUGUGUGCUUUUAACCUGAAAUAUGUCACUCAAACUCGAUGCCUAUCUACCCAAAAAGUCUGUGUUACAUUUUUACCCCACGUUAGGUUAAGCCCCUCUCUUCCCUGCUACAAGGAAACGAACAUACUACGCUUUAUUGUGACUGGGAUCACUUUGGGUAGACAUUGUUAAUAAUUAGUAAUGUGAAGUUGUUACUCAUGCAGUGCAUACAGUAGGCGAUGGUAAUGCACUAAUUUUGGUUCUCAGACCGCCUUAAAAACCAAAGAAGAAGAACCUUCAUUUUGAAAUUUUCUUUUCUCGCCCUUACCGGAAGUCGCGUUCUUAUUGUGGCUGGCUAGCCGUACAGCUCAGCGUGGCUAGCUCACAGAACCCGUUUAAAAAGAAUCAGAGAAAAACCUUUAGGCUGUGGAAAAAGCUCCGUUUUUAGUUGAGAGUUUCCUUUGUAGAUAUACAGUUCUAUCGCAAUUCCGUGGGUUUGCUCCACUCCUCGACCUCGAUAGAUUCACUCAGUCCUACUGAACUGUAUCCUAGGUGUUGUGGUUCACAUAGCUUUAACACGCACAGGGGCUGAUUCGCUGCCCAGGAUUAUAUUUCUGUGCGAUUUACAUAAAGUUACACAACUGAGUUGAAUUAAUUGAGUCAUCGGCGAAUAGAGGAGCUGUACUUCUGCACACUUUUGAGCAGCAGUUUGAUGCAGGCAGGAGUCUGUCUGAGACAGGACACUGAGACAACACUACCAGAGCUCACUGAGCAGCACAGGAUCAGACAGAAAGAAGAGGAACUCAGUGGACUGGAGCCUGUCCACAUGGCAGAGUCAGAGACAGUGUGUGCUGCACCAGGACUCAACACACUGGAGCCAGAGUGUGUUACAGCACACAGCGGGGUCAGUCGUGUAUUCCUUACACAGACAUCACUGAUUAAAACAGAAACUGAUGUGGGCUCCACCCACACUGGGGAUUUUAUUAAGACUGAGAACCUAGAUGGUACAGAGCUGGGAUAUGUAACCCAUCUGGAUCCUGACCAAAUCAAAACAGAGGCUGAUGAUGGAGGAUUUCAUAACCCAGAACACAUCAGUGACUUGCAGGAUUUUAAGAGUGUUAAUAUUAAAAUUGAAUCCAGUGAAUGUUUAAUGAGUGAUCUCAUGAAUACUGGUGUUGAUCACAAAGAUCAGACUGGACCGUGGCAAUAUGCAGGAGAGCCAAACCCAAACGGUAAAAAAGAAGAAGCUCAUGAUCUGCUGACUCAAUGUGAGGACUUAAACCAUGACUGUGACUUAAACAAUGAAAAUAAUCUAAGCAGAAUCAUCCAGAUAAGUGCAAACAGUAGCAGAAAGACAAAGUCUAAUUUCACUAAACAUCAGAAAAUUCAUACUGGUGAAAAACCCUACAAGUUCACAGUUGAAAAGCGAUACAAGUGUGCACAGUGUGAGAAGUGUUUUAGUACAACAUCUAAUUUAAAUGUCCACUUGAAAAUGCAUAGAGGUGAAAAGCCAUUUAAGUGUGCACAGUGUGGGAAGUGUUUUUAUACAACAUCUAAUUUAAAUGUCCACCUGAGAAUUCAUAUGGGUGAAAAGCCCUACAAAUGUGGUCAUUGUGGGAGUCGCUUUUCCCGAGCGGCGUCUUUAAAUGUCCACCAGAGAAUUCAUACAGGUGAAAAACCCUACAAAUGUGAUUACUGUGGGAGUCGCUUUUCCCAGGUAUGUAAUUUGAAUAAGCACCAAAGAAUUCAUACAGGUGAAAAACCCUUCAAAUGUAGUCAUUGUGGGGAUGGCUUUUCCCAGGCAUUUCAACUAAGUAAGCACCAGAUAAUUCAUACAGGUGAAAAACCCUUCAAAUGUGAUUAUUGUGGGAAUGGCUUUUCCCAGGCUUCUCAUUUAAAUACCCACCUGAGAGUUCAUACAGGUGAAAAGCCCUUCAAAUGUACUCAUUGUGAGAAGUGGUUUGCCCAGAAAUAUCAUUUAAGUCGCCACAUGAAAAUUCAUACAGGUGAAAAGCCCUUCAAAUGUACUCAUUGUGAGAAGUGCUUUUCACAGAUAGCUCAUUUAAAUGCCCACCUAUAUUUACAUUCAGGGGAAAAGCCCUACAAGUGUGCUCAUUGUGGGAAGGGUUUUCCUAGGAAAUCUGAUUUAAAUAAACACCUCAUAAUUCAUACAGGUGCAAAGCCUUACACAUGUUCUCAGUGUCAGAAGUGUUUUAAUACAAAAGGUAUUUUAAAUAGUCACCAGAGAACUCAUACAGGUGAAAAGCCAUUCAAGUGUGCACAGUGUGAGAAGUGUUUUAAUACAAAAGCUAUUUUAAAUAAUCACCAGACAAUUCAUACAGGUGAGAAGCCCUACAAAUGUACUCAUUGUGGGAAAGGCUUUGCCCGGAUAUAUCAUUUAAAUAGCCACCAGAAAAUUCAUACAGCUGAAAAGACUUACAGGUGUACACACUGUGAGAAAUGUUUUCAUAAAAAAUCUGUUUUUAUUACACACCGGAGAAGUCAUUGUGGAAGUUUCUAAAUUUGGUCUUAUUAAAGAUUGUACUGAUCAAGAAUAUAGUUAAAUGUAUGUGAUUAUGUGAAGAUCAAUGAAGAACAGCAGGUGUUCUGUGUUAUAUCUAAGAAUUUGUAACUAAGGACGGUGGCCUCUUUAUACACUGAUGCAUACGACCUAGAGAAUCUUUGAACCCCAGUUGCAGGAGGAAAAUUGUAAACAUUUACUUAGUGUAAUUUUGUAAGUAACUUAUGUUAGGAAACAGUCUUGUGCAGAAGACCUUUGAGUUGCAAGAGAAGAGAAAGGACACUGACCUAGAAAGAAUUGAUUUGCUAUGUCUAGUCAUUGUAUAGAUUAUAUUAUAUUACAAUAAAUGAAUGAAAAGCAAAGUAAUAACAGCAACGGUAAUGAUAUAAAUAUAGUCUGUGAGACAAUGAUGGUGUGUAUAUGAGUUAAAUAUUUCAUUUGGAUUACAGCCUGUAUUGAAUGCAUUUAAAGUGCAUGUACUUUGGAACUGGAAGAUUAAACAAUUGUUAAUCAUGAGAACAAAUACUUGUGAUUCAAAUCAUGCAUAUACACACCUCUGCAAGUGUGUGUAGUGAAAUAUCUGUCAUUGAUUAAAAUUGAAGAUUAUAUAAUAGUUAUUGUUAAGCUAGCUGGUGAAACAUAAGUGUGAGCUAGGCUGGGAUUGGUUGUUUUAGAGGGAAGAUACAUCAUGGUAGAAGGCGAUCUGGUUUUAUAAAAAGGAUGUAAAACAUAAUUCGGAGCUCUCUGUGUGUCUUUAUGGUACUGGAGACCUCCUGUCGGCCUACAUACAUGAAAAGGAUUAUUGAUUGAAAGAGAAUAAAAAGAUUAUUAGAAGAAAUCAUAAUUUCUAGUCUUUAUUCUUACAUCGCCGACUCACCCACUGAACCCAAGAAGAGGUUCUCCUCCACAUCGUACAGGUAAAAAUCCAUACUAAUGUAUUCAGUGAGGAAAGUAAUUUUCCCAAAAAUAAUUUACUGUAAGUAGCCCCCUGAAUAUACAUUAAGGUGAAAAGCAAUACACCUUCUAACUGUGGGAAGUAGUUUUCCCAAAGAAGUGCAUUAAAUUCACGUAAAAUACACACGGUCAGUACGGGAUGCAUUUUUAUGGAAAAGAUAAUUCAACCAGAGUCUUCACACAGAUGAAAGGCCCUGCAAAUGAUUUUUGUAUCAUUUGAUUUUUGAGGUGUGCCAAGGAUUAAAUGCCCACAAUGCAAGUACUCCGUGUGGGAAGUGCUUUUUUAGUUCAGGCCAUUUACCACCUGAUUACCGUCUGAGAAUUCAUACAAGUGAAAGAUCUUUCAAAUGUAAUCAAUGUUUAAAUUAAAAAAAAAAAAAAAUCUUAUUUUCUUCAUAAAAAGACAACUCCUAUAAAUGAAGAGUUUGAGAAGUUUGCUCUGUGGGGAGCAUUUCAUGAAGGCAUCCUUGCGUGUAAUUUGUGUUGGAAGUGUUCCUGACAUCUAAAUUUAGAACGAUCUGAGAAUUCAAACAACCAUCCCUUAUUUUUAGGCCAAACUCAUGUUGUGAUUUCCAAAUUCUUAUUUGGUGGGUGUUUUGAUUAGAGUUCAAAGAGAGAAUAAAAGGUGAAAGGCCAACCAUUUUGCAGUGUUUGCAGUAGCACAGUUUAAAGUUCUCAUGAUAUUCCUUGCUAAUUGUAUUUUGGACAAG